UUGUGGAAACACCUGGCGCGGAGAUUUCAGGUUGCAGUUCCUCGAUAGGUCGACCUUCCUGUACCCUCGACUCCACAACCCACUUCAUUGCGCCCGCUCGGUGUCAAUCUCCUCGACAAAACCCUCCCCCGAGAUAUCAAAUAGGCCGUGUGGCUCUCUGACUACUGCACUACUUGCCCAGACGGCAUCUGCUCCAUUCAAACACUGAGUGCGUCUCGGCUGCGGUGCGUUGCGCGCAGGCUGGAGAGAGAUGACAAGAGCCCCGCGGAACUGGCCAGACAAACAUGGAUCUCCGUAAAACGCUGAUUUCGGUGCUUUGGAUAUUAUUGCUGAACCUCGUGGAAGACUGUCAAGGCGAGGAAGUUGUGCUGCUGAAUUCUAAAGAGACUCAGGCAGAGCUGGGCUGGACGUCAUAUCCCCCCAAUGGAUGGGAGGAGAUAAGUGGUGUAGAUGAGAAGUACAAGCCUAUCCGGACGUACCAGGUGUGCAACGUGAUGGAGCCCACGCAGCAGAAUAACUGGCUGCAGACCGGCUGGGUGGCGCGCCGAGGCGGUCAGCGCAUCUUUGUGGAGCUCCAGUUCACGCUUCGUGACUGCAACAGCAUCCCUGGUGUAGCAGGCACCUGUAAGGAGACCUUCAACCUCCUCUACGUUGAGUCAGACAGGGACCUCGGUGGCAUCACUCGAGAGGACCGCUACACCAAGAUCGACACCAUCGCCGCUGAUGAGAGCUUCACGCAGGGCGACCUGGGUGAGAGGAAGAUGAAGCUGAACACAGAGGUGCGGGAGAUUGGCCACCUCAACCGUAAGGGCUUCCAUCUGGCCUUCCAGGAUGUCGGCGCCUGCGUGGCACUUGUGGCUGUGCGGGUAUACUACAAACGUUGCCUUGCAACCGUCCAGAACCUGGCAAUCUUCCCCGACACAGUGGCUGAGGCAGCCUUUGCCACGCUGGUAGAGGUGCGUGGCACCUGUGUCAACAACUCUGAGGUUGACACAGACAGCCCUCCCAGGAUGCAUUGCAGUGCCGAAGGGGAAUGGCUGGUGCCCAUUGGGAAGUGCAGCUGCAGCGCCGGCUACGAGGAGGGACACAGCAGCUGUGAAGCAUGUCCCCCUGGAUCAUACAAGAUGUCCUCCAGACAGCAGGAGUGUUUUCCCUGCCCAGCCAACAGUGUCGCAGAGGAGGACGGAUCUGUGGUGUGUGUGUGCGAGGAAGACCACUUCAGAACCCCCCUGGAUACACCCUCAGCCCCAUGCACACGGCCUCCCUCCCCACCUAGAGACUUGGUCUACACCCUGAAGCAGUCCACGCUGAUCUUGGAGUGGGCCGCACCGUCCGACACAGGAGGCAGAGUUGAUCUGACCUACAGCGUGGGAUGCCGGCGGUGUGUUGCGAGGCAGUGUGAGCCAUGCGGGGCGAGCGUCGGCUUUGUUCCUCAGCAGGUCGGCCUGACGGAGAGAACUGUGACGGUGGUCAAUCUUCUUCCCAACACCAACUACACUUUCACCGUCGAAGCUUUGAACGGAGUGUCUGAGCUGCUGCCCAGCAAGAGGUUCUACACCCAGGUCAACGUGUCAACAAGCCUGCCCGCACCAUCUCUGAUAAGUGAGCUGCGAGCAGAGAAGAUCGAGCAGAAGAGCAUAACGUUGGUGUGGCGGGAGCCUUCCUACCCAAACAGCAGCAGGACUGAAUAUGAGGUCAAAUACUAUGAGAAGGAACAAAAGGAUCAGAGUUAUUCUACUGUGAAGACUGCUGCCACACGGAUCAGUGUCAACAACCUCAAACCUGGCACCACAUAUGUCUUCCUCAUCCGCCCGAUCUCCACGCCGGCACCCUCCUCAUCCCUGUCCUCCUCCCCUCUCUCAUCCUCCUCUUCUUCUUCUUCUGCCUCCUCCUCGUCCUCGUCUUCUUCUUCUUCUUCAUCAUCAUCCUCCUCAUCGUCAUCGUCCUCCUCCUCCUCCUCCUCCUCCUCCCCGCCGCCCAUCGACUACGGAGCAUACAGUGCUCCCCUGGAGCUGCAGACACUUGGCGAGUUGGCGUUGGCGUCCAGCGAACAGAGUCCAGUGGUGAUCAUCAUCGUCGUGUCUGUGGCUGCCCUGAUUAUGCUGCUCUCCAUGGGAGUUGGACUGCUUAUCUGGAGGAGACAAUGCGGCUACAGCAAAGCUUCUCAAGAGGGAGACGAGGAACUUUACUUCCAGUUUAAGAUCCCGACACGGAGGACCUACAUUGACCCAGAGACCUGUGAGGACCUGCUGCAGGCCGUUCACGCCUUCGCCAAGGAGCUGGACAACUCGAGCAUCAAGAUUGAGAGAAUUGUGCACACAGGUGACUUUGGGGAGGUGUGUCGCGGCUGCCUGAAGCUGCCCAGUAAAAGAGAGCUGCCAGUGGCCAUAAAGACAUUAAGGGCCGGCUGCUCUGAGAAACAGCGCCGCUCCUUCCUCAGCGAGGCCGGCAUCUUGGGGCAGUUCGACCACUCCAACAUCAUCCGACUAGAGGGAGUCAUCACCACUGGUAACACCAUGAUGAUCAUAGAGGAGAGCAUGUCUAAUGGAGCCUUAGAUUCAUUCCUUAGGAAACAUGAAGGCCAGUUGAGUGUAAUGCAGCUGAUGGAUAUGCUGACUGGUGUGGCAUCAGGGAUGAAGUACCUCACCGAAAUGGGCUUCGUCCACAAACGGCUGGCCGCACACAAGGUGUUGGUUAACUCCAAUCUGGGCUGCAAGGUGUCUGGCUUCAGACCUCUUCAGGAAGACAAGAUAGAGGCUAUCUACACCACACUGCAUGGCGGGAAGAGUGUAGUGCUGUGGACCGCUCCGGAGGCCAUCCAGUACCAUCGCUUCUCUUCAGCCUCAGAUGUCUGGAGCUUCGGCAUUGUCAUGUGGGAGGUCAUGUCCUAUGGAGAGAGACCCUACUGGGAUAUGGGCAACCAGGAUGUGAUCAAGGCCAUCGAGGAUGGUUUCAGGCUGCCGGCUCCGGUUAACUGCCCUCCACAUCUCCAUCAGUUGAUGCUGGACUGUUGGCAGAAGGAGAGGACAGAGAGACCCAGCUUCAGCCAGAUCCACUCAGCCCUCAGCAAGAGCAUUCGCUCACCUGAUGGCAUUGGCUCCUCCACACUGGCACGCAGGACCCUGAGUUCAUCCAUUACGCUAGCAGAGAGGCCUCUACCUUCCUUCCCAUCAUUUAACUCAGUAGGAGAGUGGCUGGAUGCGGUGGACAUGGGCCGAUACAAGGACAAUUUCACUGCUGCAGGAUACUGCUACUUGGAGUCUGUGGCACGAAUGACUGUACAAGAUGUGCUGAGCCUUGGCAUCACUUCCCUGGAGCACCAGAAGCUGAUACUGGCUGCCAUUCAGACCCUCAGAGCCCAAGUCAUCCAAAUGCACGGUCGCGGUGUGCAGGUCUAAGAAACAGUCGACACACCCGGUCUCACGCUGCUGCUGCAGACUCACGCAUACGUGCAGAUGGAUGAUGAUGGGGUGGAGAAGAGGAGUGAGUGAGAGAGAGAGAGAAAGAGAGAGAGAGAGCUCUUCCAGACUGAAGGAAAGAUGAACAGAUCUUUCAGCUAACUGCACUCCUCUAUUUACUCCUCCUUCCCACACUUCCUCAUGCCUUCCUUGAUUCCUUCCUUCCUUUUUUUCUAUGAGUCCCCUCCCGAGACGAGCAGCGUUCCUGACGUAAUCAGGGGAGAGGGGGGGUAGCAGAGGAGUGAUGUCAUGUGACUUUUCUUUUUGUGACCUCUAUCUGCACUUUGACCUUCAAUAACUGUGUCAGCUGCAUCUCACUGGUUCUGGAUCAGUGCGUAAAGACAAAUGACAUAUUGUCUCUACUAGAACGGGCUCUGUCUGACGCUGACCUCCGAGCCUCAGGAGAGGCAGAGAUGUACUACGCUGCAAACACACACCGCUUAUGGACCAGUGUUCAAUGACACAUAUAUACAUUUUGGGUGGAAUUUCCCUUUACCACAACAUUUCAGAAACAAUACUGACGAAGCCAGGAACUGUUUUACUGGCCUGAGAUGAGACUGACAAAAAAUGACUUUCUGCGCCAGCUGAUUUCACAUCAAACAGGAAGUGAUUUAUUACGAGGACGCAGAAUCAUAUCGUCGUACGUCAGAGCUGAUUUCACAUCGGGGCGGUAAAUGAACAUUUCUGAAGAUUUAACAUGGCUGGAAGGUAAACCACAGUUUCAGAGUAGCAGCUGUCAGUGGUAAACCGUUAACAAGACUGAGCUGUCCCAUGUCAAGAGUUGAAUGAGGCAUCAAAAAAAGGCUAAAACGAACAGGGCUGACUUACAGUGCGGUCCUGAAUAAAGCAUAUAACGUGUACUCACUGGCUGUGGGUUGAUGAUAUACUGUACUUUCAGGAAUAUCAGCCUGCUUUUUGUUUUUUCGGAGCUAGUGAUGGUAAAACAAAAGCUGCAGGAUACAAUUGUAAAGCGAAGGGUUGAAAAAACAUGUUUGAUUUGUUCAUUAAUUUGUUGUACGUCGCUGUCUGUUUCGCUACUCUCCACCAUAUUUCUUUUAUCCCCUCCGUGCUCUCCAGUUGUCUUUCUAUGUGCACCGAAAACAUCGAAUUUUUUUCCCCUUUUAGCCCGGAUGUCGUCUUGGUAACACAAUCCUCCUCUCCAAAGCCUCUCUCACUACCACGUUUAAUACUCUGUAUAGAACUCAGGCCGACUCUGGAAGAUGGCCUGAGUCAGAUAUUUAUCCAUAUUUAUUUAUGUUUAACACAAACCUCUCCAGAAAAGAAAGGAGGUUAGGAAGGUUUAUUUAACUUAUAGUAUUUAAAAAGAAAAAAAAGUUACUCAAAGCAGUUGUCUUGUUUUUUGGUUUACAUCCUGGAAUAUUUGUUAGUUUAUUAUAUGACCGUGAGUUUAUACUAAACAGAUUUUUUGUUGUUUUUGUACACAGGAAGUGAGAGGAACACUGGGGGAUUUUUACUGUCAGCACACAGUAUCUGUGUAUUCUUGAACACUGGAUCUGCUACAGUUAAUUUUAGGUCCAUUAUCAUUGGAUUUGCUGUAUAAUUACAAUGUGUGUGUUGCAGUAUGGAUUCAGUAUUACAGAAUGUCAUUAAGAUGUCUUUUUUUUUCGCUGUUGGAUUAUCAUGUUUAAUUUACUGUUACUAUCACGCUCUGCCAUAGUACUGUAUGUGGCUGCACUUUUUUUUUCCCAGUUAACUCCCAGAAUUCUCUCUGUACAGUGAUCCGUCCCUCGCCUUUUUCUGUCCUAUUUCAAUUACAGGAGACUUAAAGGAAGAAGUUUAUCGGGGCAUUAUUUAAUUAUCAUACAGCUUCACGAUGAAAGGUACAUACAUUUUUGACUGGAAUAUUGUAACUGGUUUGUAUUUGGUACAAAAUGAGUUUUUUUGUUCUUUCUCCUUGUACUCUCCUCUCUGUAACCGUUUUGUCAAAAUAAAUAAACUCAUAUGUCCUUUA